AUGAUUUUGAAUCAACUGUAUGAAUUCAAUUGUGACUUAGACAUGUUCCUUAACAAUAUUAUUGGUUUAGAACCCCGAGUCGAAGCAAAGAUUCUUUCCCAAUAUCAUGGUAUUGUUGGAGCGUUAAUGAGAAAUGCGCUUCCUGAAAAUCUUAUCCACAAAUAUGUGUCGGAGAAGAAUCUUUAUGGACUUGUUAUUUGGAAUCGACUUUAUGAUGACUUUGGAAAAAUGACUGCUAAGCAGGAGGCUGAUAUGCUUCUGAAAUUGCUUUUAAAACUUUUCACUCUGAAUGACUCGUUGAUUGAAAAGAUGGAAUUUUUAGAAUCGAGUAGCUAUGACGUUUUCCCUCUUAUAUCUUGA